UCCAAGAACCAACAGUAUUUAUUUAUCUUUUAUCAUCUACAAAAUCGAUCCCACACUGCAAGUUGUAAACCAUCUUCUUCUAUAUAUAAUAUUUUUCCCCUGUUGAGCAAGAACAAGUGAGCAGUACCAUGCCCGCCAUGGAAGCAGAGCAAGAACAACAUGAACCACCACAACGAGAAGAAGAAGAAGAAGAAGAAGCAGUUAACAGAUUAUUACAAAACAUUAACAUACAAGAAAAAGAACAAAGCGGGUCGACGCCCCCGGAUCUCGUCGAGGUUGAGAAGAUAUUGGGAUACAGGUUCAAGAACAAGAGGCUUUUAGAGGAGGCUUUCACGCAUGCUUCUUUUUCAGGGGACGGCGCUUCCUACGAGCGCUUGGAGUACGUUGGUGAUGCUGUGCUUACGUUACUCUUCACCAAGGAGCACUACUUCUUGUACCCGGAUUUGCCACCCGGCCCGCUUACCCAGCUCCGGGCCGCCAAUGUGGACUCCGAGAAGCUUGCUCGCGCGGCCGUCAAACACGGGCUGCAUUCGUUCCUGCGCCACAAGAAACCUUUUCUUGAGGAAAAAAUUCAACGGUUCACACAAGGGAUCUCAGAGUACCCGUUGCAUUCCAAUGGGCUCGUUCAUGUGCCAAAAGCCCUAGCCGACAUUGUCGAAUCCUGCAUAGGGGCGGUUUUCAUUGACAGCGACUCCUCAAUGGACAUUGUGUGGACGGUGGUUAAGACUUUGUUGGAGCCCAUCAUAACUCCGGCAACCAUCGGAACACACCCUGUCACGAGGCUUUACCAGUUCUGCCAGAAGAGAAAUUUGGCAGUGAAGUUUGUAGACCUAUGGAAGGAGUGUACGGCCUUCGAUGUUCUCAUAGAUGGUCAGCACGUGGGAAGAGGUGUCUGCGGCCUCAAGAAGGAGAUCGCGUGUAAUAGAGCUGCCAAAAAUGCGAUGGACAACAUCGACAGAAUAUUCCGUGACAAAGAUCUUUUUCAAGAUCAUGAGUGCGUGAAUGACAACAACGUCGAGCUAUCUGAAGAGUGAUGCUGAUCAUAUGACAGUGUUAAUUAAUUUUUGUUUUUUUUUAUUAUUAUUAUUAAUGUAUUUUUGGUCCAAGUGGUUUAGAGUUUUGACAAAUAGCUCUUUUUUAGUUUUUAAAAGUGAUUAACCACUCAAUUUCUGGAGUAAGUAAAAACGAACAAAUCAAUCAUUACAGUUAGAAAAGUUAAUAGAAUCCGUUAAUGCGCUAACAUCUGGCCGGCCUGAUCCGUGUUGAUGUGGCACAUUAACGGAGGGGUGUCAAAUUUUCUAACGACAAUGACUAAUUUGUUCUUUUUGCUUGCCUUAUUGAGUGAUUAAUCACUUUUUAAAACUCAAGAAACUAUUUGUCAUAACCUCAAACCACAAGGACUAAAAAUGUAUUUAUCUCUUUUUUUUUAAAAAAAAAAAAAUGACUGACUAGGGGUUGGUUGGAACUGCCGCAUCAAUAAUAUUAUAAUAUAGUUGUGGGAUAAAAAUGUAGUUUCGAACAUUACUCGUAAUCAUAUAUAUAUAUAUAUAUAUAUAAAAUAAAUGAGUAAUGUUAGAAACUACAUUUUUAUCCCAUAAACAUUCUACAAUACGAACGUGGCAGAGCCAACCAACUAUUAAUUAGAUCAGUAUUUAUUAAAAAUAUAUAUAUAAAAAUUGAUUAGUACUGACACGUCGACAUUCUACUUUUUAGUAAACAGUUUGCAUGUGGUUGAAAAUUUUAAAUUUCCUCUUAAUUGUAACCUUGCUGAAGUGCUUUGGUUUGAAUGACCAAAACGUGUUUUAUGUUCA